GAGAAAACGAAAGGGAACGGUCAAACGUUACCGGUGGCUCCGGUCACUGGUUGAUAAACCUCUCCGUACUUCUCUUCCUCUCAAGUCUGAUCUCUAAAACUCUCUCUCUGUCCAUCUAUCUCUCUCAUUUUGUUUUUUUUUUGUGGGUCGUUGAGAGUUUCUUUGGACCAGCUUUGAAUCGUUGUACUGGUUUGACAAGAAAGAUCGAGUUUUCUUGAAGAUCUCUUCUCUGCCAUUUCUGGGUUCCAUUCACAAGCUUUUCGAGAUAAAAUGGCACAACGCGCGCAUGUACCAAAGUUUGGCAACUGGGAUGGAGAAGGCGAUGUUCCUUACACAGUCUACUUUGAGAAGGCACGGAAAGGUAGAAGUGGUGGAAAGAUAAUAAAUCCAAAUGACCCCCAAGAAAAUCCGGAUCUGUUUCCCAACGUUCCUUCUCCAGAUCAAGCUCCUCCCUCUGGUUCAAACAAAACUAAACCAGAGGAACCAAUAGGACGGGUUGGACCAACACAUGAGCGUCAAGUGAGUAUAGAAGAUGACAACCUUGGGCAGUUCGCUGAUUCUCCGGCAAGUAAUGACAACAUGGUCCGUAGAACUUCUGGUGAAUCAACUCAUCAACAUCAGGGAGGCCGUGGAGCAAGUUCUGGUCGACCUGCAAGGAAAAGCGGUGGAUUUGAGCAUAGCAUUGAUAAAUCACCACUCCAUCCACUUUACCAGGCAAAGAUUAGGGGGAAAGGCAGUGGAUCGCCUGCCAGGGAAGGAAAGAACUCGUAUGACGGUGGCCAUGGUACUCCUGCAAGGUCCCGACUGAAGCCAGGCACUAGCGGAGAUGAAAGUCCUGAUAAAGGUGCUGCAAUUCCAAGAUUUGGCGGGUGGGACGAGAACGACCCUUCAUCAGCUGAAAACUAUACUCACAUUUUCAACAGAGUGCGAGAAGAAAGGCAAGCAGGGGGGUUUGCAAAUACAGAUGCCAAUUCAUAUCAAGAUCAGAAUCGAAGGCAAAAUGUCAACGAUGAUCCUAAGGGUUGCUGUUUUCCAUGUUUUGGAAAAUGAAGACCUUUCCGGGAUGAACCUGUUUGUAAAUAGCUGAAAUGCUAUCUGUAUGCAGAGUUAUCUUUAUAAACAAUGCAUUCUUUCGCUUUAUUAGUGUGCUUUUUAUGACAAUAAAUUUGUUCUGAUGGGUAAAAAUUUCUGUUUUUGGGUGUCAGCCUUCUCUUCUUGGCAAUUUCUGCUUUCGUAAUUGUAAAAUCAGAGGCAAAUUCUUUUGUUCUGUUUUAUUAUAUAAUAUAUGGUUUUGAAUUCCUAAG